AUGUCCUCGUUCAAGCGCAGGGUCACGUCUAAACAAUCGGCCCUACCGCCGGGUACGAAAGCUUCGCCAGCGUCGACCGCGACUCUCAUCACCUCGACGGGAGUGCCAUCCCUGGACGAUAUCUUGGGCGGCGGACUACCGCUGUCGUGCUCGCUGCUCGUGCUUGCGCCGGACGUACACUCUGCGUACGGCGAGCUCGUAUGCAAGUAUUUCGUGGCGCAGGGGCUCGUUGCUGGUCAGAAGGUGGUUAUCGUGGAUGAAGUCGCCCGAAGCUUCGCGGAAGAAUGUAUGUGGACGCCUCCCGGAGCAGCGUCUGGGGUGCCGCUCGCGGAGCCGGAUGAUGAGAAGGACGAGCCACAAGGAGACGAUACCAAGAUUAAGAUCGCGUGGAGGUACGAACGGAUGAAGCAAUUCCAGACAACCGUAACCAGCCCCGGUCAAGAUGAAUUCUGCGCGACGUUUGAUCUCACACAGCGCGUUCCAUCCGGGCUGAUCGAAGACAAGCUCCGGGACGGAGGGUUGGCGUGCUUUGAUCUUUCGCAGGAGCCACUGGCCGUGCUCGAUAGACUGCGGGCGUAUCUGGAGACCACGAUCUCGUCAGGGCCAGGGCCAGGGCCAGGGACGCCGGUGAGGAUAUGUGUGCCGCAGCUCGCGUCCCCGGCGUGGGGAGAGAUGAGAGCACAGGACGUCUUGCUGUUUCUGCACAGGCUGCGCGCUUUACUGAGAAGGUAUCCAACGGCAUGUGCGGUGCUCGGGGUUCCACCGUACGUAGCGUCCGAUGUCUGGGGCGGGAUCGGUUGGACGCACAAGCUGGGCUGGGCGGCCGACGGUUGUAUCAGCUUUUCCGCCUUCACCGGUGACCCGGCGCUGACGGAGACUUUCCCGUCGCACCACGGCCUGGUCCACGUACACUCCGUGCCGGCGCCGCACACCUUGCUACCCCCGAGCGAUCGGUUCUCGACAUUGCGCGGGCUGGCGGCCGGCGGGGAGAACAACCUCGCGUUCAAGUGCAUGCGAAAGCGGAUGGUGAUCGAGACGCUGCAUCUCGACGCAGAGGGCGGCGUGGGCGAGCGACGGACGGCACCUGCGAGCGCGAGCGUGGCCGCCGCGAUGGAGGAAGCUGUUGCUCACGGGCACACUUCGGCAGCGGAGCCAGUGGUCCCGCGCAAGUCCCAGCCGGACGUGGAGGUCGAGGUUGAGCACGGACAUGUGCCGACGGGUAUUGCACCCGGGGACGGGGAGGUCGUCAAGGCGAUCAAACCCAAGCCCAAGACGAAGAAAAAGGUGGCCUUUCAUUCCGAGAGGCCGGAUCUGUACGACUUUUGA